CUGCCUCUUCUCCUCCUGUCCUCCUUUUGUUUCGUUUCCCCUCGGUGCUCACUCCUCUCCGUGCUCCUACGCUCUGGUCUGUGAGUCGUCGCUAGGGUUGGUCGCCGAAGGGCUCCGAUGGCGGCACGCUGCCGUGACGCCAGUUAAGAUCCGCUGUUCUCCUCUUCGUUGGGCCUGGAUCCGCUGCACCGUUCUUCGAUCUGCGGUUGCUCCUGCUUGGUCAGCGAACCUGCUCAUCCUCGUGUGCGUGUUGGUCUUCGCGUCUUGCACCAAGGAUCUGCAGGUUGUUUUGGUCUAGAGGUUAUUUCUCUAAGCCGGUCGUGUUGAUAGGCCCUGUAACGUGGUGGUGUUGUUGGUUGCUUCGCACGUACUUGCAUUCAUGUCUGCUUAUUACUGGUGAUGGCUCGUCGUCGCCGUGUCUUACAUGCUUCUGUUGUUGGUGCUCUGGGUGUUCGUAAGAGAAAGAGGGAUGGUUGGUUCCCCGUUCUCACUCCUGCCAUGUCGGCUAGAAACCGAAAAAGGCGUAAGUUACUUAGAACCCUUCGUCGCCACGGUGUUACAGGUGCUGGUCUGCAUGUUCGUGGGUGCAUAUUUGUUUUGUUUGGUUGGUAUGUUUCGGGGGUUGUUUCUCACAACAAACGUGUGUGUAGAUCUUGGGUUUAUAGAUGGGUUACCAGGUGAGUUGCCAGCUGAUUGGACCGGGUUUCCUGCCGAGGUUGUUGACAAUCUCAAAGUUCUAUACAGCGUUGAAUUCCAGAAACGGGGACUGCCACAUGCUCAUAUCCUUGUUUGGUUGAAGGGAGAUCAUUCAAAGAUGGAGUUUUGCUCUUUGUCUCAGCUUCGCCAGGGUACCACCAUCUGGCGCAUUCGUGUUUAUGUCUCUAGGUUGUGGCAGUAUUGUGGUGGAACUGACCACGGCCCUAUCAAGCAUACAGAUAUGGUCCUUUUGGAUGCACAGGGCAAUCACAUGUACGCUGAGGUCCCAGAGAAGAAUGUUGAUAGCUUCAUCGAUCGUAUCGAAGAGGGGAAGAUAUAUGACAUCCGAAAGUUCCUGGUGUUCCCAAGAAAAUACGUUUUUAGACCGGUGGAGGGUCAUUCAAUGAUAAAGUUUACGAAGCGCACUGAGCUUGUGGAGAGGACUGGAAUGGAGGCGGAGUUCCCCUUCUGUACGUAUGCGCUUACUCCGAUAGCUCACCUCCCCAGGCCAGCAGACAUGCCUGAGCGCUUUAUAGAUGUCAUUGGAUUGGUUACUGGAAUUUCUGAAGUUGUUCAGUAUGUUAGUGCAAGCAGGACUGAGCCUUCUACUAAACGAGUUAUUCAUUUGAAAGAUCUCACGGGUCAUCAGAUCACUGUCAUACUGUGGGAGAAGCAGCCCUGAAUUUUGAAGCUGAUGAGGUGAUGGAGCUCGGCAGCACCGAACCUGUCAUAGUCAUCCUUGUUGGUACAUUGGUCAAGACUUAUGAUGGUCACAGGGGUGUGAGCGGCAGUGCCGCCUGCCGAUGGUACAUCAAUGAAGACCUUCCUGAUAUCCGUGACUUCUACAACAGGCUCCGUGACAAUUUCACUGCUAUUCAGCAUAUCAAUUUACCUGGACAGACAGCUGCUAAAGUGGAUGCGUAGGUUAACUUAGAGACAAAAACGGUUCGAGAACUGGCUAAUCUUGAUAUGUUUGAUAACCGGGAUGCCCGGUUCUUUUGCACGGCUGUUCUCAGCAGACUUAAUCCUUCUCAGCGUUGGUGGUUCUCUUCAUGCACUACCUGUCACAAGUCUUCCCUUCCGGAUGUACUGCCUACAGAUGCUCAGAUCCAGCUUGUGCUGGAAUAGAUGCAAUACCAAGGUACCGGAUUUGUUACGUUGCAAGAGAUGAUGAUGCAGAGGUUAAUGAGCCUGGUGAGGCUGAAUUUGUCUUCUUUGACAGAGUGGGAAGGGAGCUAGUUGGAGCACCCCUCAUAAGUAUUUUGCGCCAUGGGCGAUCACCUAUUGCCCCACUUCUAGAAAUUGUCCAGUAUGCCCGUGGAGACCCUGUCACACCACGAAAGCUCUCUGCUGUUAUAUCAAGGAAAUUCCAUUUUGUUGUCUCCAUAUCAAGCAAGUGUUUCACCAGUGAUGGUGAUGAGCUGUCAUUCCAGGUGCUUAGGAUUGACACGCCUCUAGGAAAGCAGCCACAGUCUUCAGUAGCGUAUCGAGCUUCAAGUGUGACAACUGGAGCAACUAGCUCAGGGUCUUUGCCAAAUGAGAGUCCUCCUCCUUUAACAGCUCCAUGUGCAUCAUCCAGCAGUCUGCCCCCUGGAAGUUCCACUCCCCCACCUUUGGUUGUCAACACCCCUGAGGCUCUGCUUUCUGCUUUGUGAUCCCCGCCUUCUGUGACGAAGCCAAGUGUGGCUAGUGGUGUGGCAUCUGAGGUUAAAUCAAAGGCUCAACGGGGACUCUUCAAGGACAAUACGCCUGUCUCGGCUACCCCGGUGAUAUCUGAUCCAGUUGACAAUCCUCUUGAUGAUGAAGGAUACGACGGCUUGGCCAGCGGGUCUGUCGCUGAGCAGGAGAGAUCACCACUGCUUGCUGGUUCCACCGAGACAGAUGCCCUGCUAAUACCUGAUCAGGCUUCCGAUGCAAAGAAACCUCGCCUGCCCGUGCCUGUUGAUGCUCGAGGCAACCCGAGCAAGCGAGGCAAGAAGAAGUAGGAAUACCGCCUGGGAGGCAACGCAACUUUUGGAGAUCCAACACUUUUGGGUAGCAUCGUUGUAAAUUGGCGAUUCCUUGCUGGUAUGCUUGUACGAGCAAUUCCCCUGCUUGAGCUACCGCUCGCAGGCACUUAACACCACAUCACUUGGUUGCUUAUGGGUGACGAUGACUGCGAUCAGUCAUGUUGCUGUCCAUCUGGACUAUCAUGCUACCUGGGUAGAAACCGUCUUUUUGACAGGAUACAUGAUCAAUACAUCCAUGCAUGCCCUAGACUCGACGCCCGUGGUGAAAUGGGAAGGCGAGUGGCUGGACAUGCCCUGUGAAGUACUUUUGGCCCUGUUAUUUUAGUUUCGGUCACGGCGAUAUCCGUGUGCGAAGGGUAAAAGUACUUGUGUCAGGAUUAUUACCUUUGUAAAUGAAAAGGCGAAUGAUACACUCUGAUCACAUCGUCGUGGCUCUGCUUUGUUCUCCAGAUGUUUAUGAAUCGUUGAACCUAAUCUAUGCCCAUGUUGUCCUUCUUAUUUUAAUUUGUGUAAGCUUCACCUCUUGCCUCCCCUGUGGGU